CACAGCACCACGGAGAUGACAGUCCAGCUGCUGCGCUUCGCAGACCUCAUCAACUGCGAUAUCCAGAGGUACUUCGGCAAGAAGAGCAAGGAGGAGGAUCCUGAUGCCUGCGAGAUCUACGAGGACAGGCUCUCCUCUGUGGGCCGGUCGGGGCGCGAGCUCUACUACGCAGACCUGAUGAGGGUGGCUCAGAGCAGGGGCCGCGAGGAGGAGGGGGAGGAGGAGGAGGAGGAACUCCCCCACGCCCUGAGAGCCCUCUGCAGCCAGGACAGCAUCCAGCAGCUGGGGCCCCUGGCGGAACUCUUCAGCGUCGGGCUGCGGAGGUAUGUGAAGCCGGGGGGCACCGAGCACGCGCGGAGGCAGAAGGGGGAGCGCAGGCACGGCCAGGGGGUGCCCAUGUGCAAGCGCAGGCUGCCCCCCUCCUUCUGGGCAGAGCCAACCCCGCACCCCCCCGCCUGCCUGCUCAGCACCACCAACACCCCUGACUUCAGCGACCUGCUGGCCAACUGGACUUGCGAGAGCAGCCAGGAGCUGCAGGGGGUGAGCAGCACAAACUCUCCCAGGCAGCAGACGCUGGAGACUGCACACUAUCACAUAGCGUAGCCCAGCCUGGCCUGGAUUUAUAAUGUACUGGACAUUAUUAGAUUAUUUUUUUAAACUGUUGACCAAAAAACCUACCCAGAUUGUAUACGUGAGAUAUAACUUAAUAAUACAUGUGUGUUUUACAAAUGCCUCCCUUUCAGGGUUAUGUCCAGCUGCUUGAGCAUUGUUCUAGUGCAUGUACCGCGCAGUGUUUGUGUGUGUGUGUUUUAAGUGCUGUAUGCAUGUGAGAAGUACGCCUGGGAACAUGACUAUAUGUUGUUUAAAAAUAAAACGGUUCUCCUGCCAUUCCAGUCAGGAUGAUGUCAAUGUUCCUGCAUUGCUGGUGAAUGAUCUAGAGUUACUUCACAUAGAGCAGGGGAGGAGGGGCAGAGCUACAGUACAGCAGGGCAAGAUGGGCAAGGUGAAGAGGCUGUCGAUCCCCACUUUUCACAGUGAAAGACAAUGGCACACCACCAGUGUGUGCAGCAGCAAACAGUCCCUGCAGAGCUGGAAAAGGUGAUAAUGAUCGGGAUUAGGAGAGCAAACACACUGCGUCUCAUUGCAGCCGGCUAUCAAUGCAGCGCUGCAUGUACUUGGAGCUGAAUUGCAGGGGAAGGCAAGGAUCUACUCUUUGCACUGUUAAAAUAGCAGUGAGACACUCACAGCCCUCGCCGCUGCACAUUUUGGCCAAUUCAUUUUAAGCAAUCAAAGCAGAUACAGUAAAACCCAAAGAGAACAGCAAAGAGCUGAGCGCACUGAAGCUGACCAGAGAAGACUUGUCAAUGAAACAGGAUCACUGACUGAUAAAAUACUGAAUACAUGUACUUGGAGGCUGUGUGGUCCAGUGGUUAAAGAAACAGGCUUGUAACCAGGAGGUCCCCGGUUCAAAUCCCACCUCAGCCUCUGACUCAUUGUGUGACCCUGAGCAAGUCACUUCACCUCCUUGUGCUCCGUCUUUCGGGUGAGACGUAAUUGUAAGUGACUGCAGCUGAUGCAUAGUUCACACACCCUAGUCUCUGUAAGUCGCCUUGGAUAAAGGCGUCUGCUAAAUAAACAAAUAAUAAAUAAUAAUGUACUUAAAUACUGAAUAAAUAACCCCACACUGCACCCACCCUGCUGUCUUAAUGUUAUUUAGGAUGGUUUGUCAAAAUUUCCAAAGGCUUUUUCUGCAAACAACAUGCAUGUUACAUAAAUAGAACGUAGGAAAGCAAAAGCCAAUUGUCUGAGUAGAAUAAAUCGAUUGUAAUGAUCCAGAAGUAGACAAGCAGCUUGGUUUGAGGAAGGCAUCGUUCAUGUACUUUCUUUCUAGCUUUAUUCCCGUUGGUGAUUUCCAUGUGCUUGUGUACAAGCUGUUUAAUCAGCCCCUACACAAACAGCCUUAUCAGGCUCGUGCUUCAACCCCUGCUCAAAAAUAAAAAUAAAAAAAAC